CAGAGUGGGCGGGCGGUAGGUUGCGGCGCGGUUUGGCUGCACCGACACCGGGCUACAUAGGGCGGAGUCCGGCGUGUCCUUGGGCAGACGCCGGGCGCUGCGGGGCGGCCGGGGAAAGGCGGUGGCGGCGGGGCAGCGCUGAAGAUGGGGGACGUCGAGAAGGGCAAGAAGAUCUUCGUGCAGAAAUGCUCCCAGUGCCAUACGGUUGAGAAGGGAGGCAAGCACAAGACCGGACCCAACCUACACGGCCUGUUUGGGCGCAAGACUGGGCAGGCUGAGGGCUUCUCGUACACAGAUGCUAAUAAGAAUAAAGGUAUCACCUGGGGUGAGGAUACUCUGAUGGAGUAUUUGGAAAAUCCAAAGAAGUACAUCCCAGGAACAAAGAUGAUUUUCGCGGGUAUUAAGAAGAAGUCCGAGAGAGCAGACUUAAUAGCAUAUCUCAAGGAUGCCACUGCGAAGUAGAAGUUAUCUGCUGCUUUAUUUAUUUCACAAAGGAGAUGGCAAUGGAAAUAUCUGUGACAAGAUUGGUUUUUAAACAUUCUAUUUUUACAUGUACCAUGUCUAACCUUAAAAUUGGUCUUACCCAUCAGAUAACGUUGCUCAUGGUGGGAUGCUGGACUACACGCUUGUUUGGCAGCCACUAACUUAUGUAAACUAUGUAAUUGGAUUAAUUUAAAUGAAUAUAAUGUUCAGUCAUUCUUGAUCAUGGAAUUAAAAAAAAAAAAAAAAAAAACACUUCUGGCCUCUUCAUUGUUUAAAAAAAAAAAAAGCAUUGAAUGAGUAAUUGUUAGUAGUAUAACAGGUUUGGCAGCCUAACUCUUCCAGAUGGAAAAGGAGGAUGGGCCUUAGCAUCUUCCACCGUAAGUCUGUGACAUUACUUUAAAGAUUUA